AGCAGGAUGGCGAAUGCUACUACCACCGGCGAUUCGGCAGCAAAGCGCGGAAGUGCGAACCCCCAUGCAGCGCUCAACCUGCCAUUGCAGAUACAUCGUCCACGGGAAACUAGUAAUGCCGCCGUCAGUCGGAGCGAUGAACGGUGGCCAGCCGCAAGACAAGCUCCUCAUCACCGACAAAAAUUCAGGUAUCACAUUUUUGAUAGACACUGGUUCAGACGUUUCGUUAUUACCACGCAGUCAUCAGGUAUACGGAACGAAGCCCACGCCUUACCAGCUCUUUGCAGCAAACGGCACGUUAAUCGACACAUACGGAGAGAAAGUGCUGACAUUGAAUCUUGGUCUCAGACGUGCCUUUAAAUGGUCUUUUUGCGUCGCGGGAGUCACCCGACCAAUUAUUGGAGCUGACCUAUUAAAACAGUAUGGAUUGUUAGUAGACUUACGAGGUAAGCGCCUGAUAGACAGCACUACCAAUUGCUGUACGUCUGGAACACUCCACAAGUCCAGCCAGAUAUCCAUCUUGUCCGUAAAUCCAAAUUCUGAGUACCAUCAAUUACUCAAAUCUUUUCCUGAUCUUAUCAGAAAACCUCAGUCAUACACUUCCAGAACUCACGGUAUCCAUCACCACAUAAUCACUAAAGGACCGCUAGUAGCAAGCUGGCCAAGAAGGCUACCGGCCGAAAAACUAAAACUAGCAAAAGAAGCUUUCAGAAAUCUGGUGGAAGCUGGAAUUUUCAGACCAUCCAGCAGCCCCUGGGCAGCACCGCUGCACUUAGCACCAAAAAAAGAAGAGACUGAUGAACCAGAUAUUAGCCGGACUCGACUUUUGUUCUGCUACGUCGACGAUAUCAUCGUAGCCUCUGAAGACCGAGAAGAGCACAUCCGUCAUUUAAAACUGCUUUUUAAACGCCUCGAAGAAGCAGGCAUCAAUAUCAAUCCAGCUAAGUGCGUUUUCGGGAAAGAACAGGUCGAAUUUCUUGGUCAUUUCGUCUCAGUAGCAUGGACACCACAGGCCACGGAAGCAUUUCAACAGUGCAAGAAAGACUUAGCACAAGCUACUUUGUUGGCACACCCGAUAAAAUCCGCGCCAUUAAUCCUCACCACAGACGCGUCAGAUUUUGCCAUCGGUGCAGCUCUCGAGCAGACCAACCAAAGUCAGUCACAACCAAUCGCAUUUUUUUCCAAAAAACUUAGCAAAACACAGGCUAAGUAUAGUGCUUAUGAUAGAGAACUGUUAACGAUCUACGAAAGUAUCAAGUAUUUCAAAGAUAUCAUCCAGGGUCGCGAAUGCAACAUCAGCACUACUCUUAUAUACGCUUGGGCCUGCACGAACACGUGCAAGAUCAGGUGA